AUGCGUUCUUUCGCCACCCUCUUCGCGGCAGCCAUGCUCGCAAGCAUGGCCGAUGCCGCCCCAAGCCCUUUCUCUCCUCGCGCUGCUGCAGGAGAGAAGCGCGCCGAAGUAAAGCGUGAUGCCGCUCCUCAGCCACCAUAUCUGCCGUCUUACUUGCCAUCUUACCUCCCAGCUUACGGGCCUUGGUACAAGAAGACUGAGGGUGAGGAGGCCUCCGAAGACGCAGCCGAGAAACGAGACGCCGCGCCUCAGCCACCAUAUUUGCCAUCCUACCUCCCAUCCUACCUUCCCGCUUACGGCCCUUGGUACAAGAAGGUUGAGGGUGAGGCAUCUGAAGAGACAGCCGAGAAGCGAGAGGCAGCCCCCCAACCACCAUACCUGCCAUCGUACCUCCCAUCUUACCUGCCAGCUUACGGACCCUGGUACAAGAAGGUCGAGGGCGAGGAGGAGGCAUCCAAGUAA